GCCCUCCCUCCCUCCGUUCCAUUUCAAACCCCCACCAGAAAACCUCAGCGCACAUCCGCAAUGCCUCCCGCGCGCCGCCGCCGCCGCAUCGCCCCCUCCACCGGCGCCGACGAGUCCGUCCCGUCCUCCUCCUCCGACCUCCUCGCCCUUGCCGCUACCCUCCUCCCCACCUCCACCGACGCUGUAACUCUCAGGGCUCCUCCUCACCUCAAGCACAUCGUCCAUUCCCUCCCCGACUCCCACCCCGUCCUGCUCUCCCUCCCACAAACCCUAGCGCCAGCCCUCUCUCCCGAAUCGAACCCCGGCUCGCCCCGCGCGGCCGCCGUCCUCCUGCACCUCCUCCUCACCCACCCCUCCCACCCCCCGCGCUGGGACGACCUCCUCCGCCCGCUCGCGCUCCUCCACGACCGCCUAGCGAUCCUCGCCACGGACGACCCGCCCCUUGCCGCGCUCGCGGCCUCGUGCUUCGAGCUAGCCUGGCGAGCUGCGGCGCCCGGGCGCGAAGCCCUUGUUGCCCAGACCCUGCCUUACCUCCUGUCCCAGGCGCUCACGUCCGGCUCCAAUGCCAGGCCGCUCCUCCGCCGCCUCUUCGAGCUCCGUGAAGCGCUGCCUCUGCUGGACUACACGGAUGAGAGCAUUUCGGACUUCAAGAUGCUCCUGCUGCGCUGCUUUGUGUCCCCGCAGUUCCUCAAGGCCGAGGAAGGGAGGAAACUCUUGGCGCUGGUGCUCGGCGUCAGUGAGGGGCUCGCUAGGGAGGGCCUGGAGCUCAUGAGGGCACAGGUGGGGAUGAUGCGAGGGAGGCGGGCGGCUGUAGUUGCCUAUGGGGAGGUGGUUUUCAGAGCGUGGAAGGAUGGAGGGUGGGUUAGGGGGGAAAUUGGGGAAGGGUUUCUGCAGGGGAUGGUCGAGGCAGCUGUGCAUGCUGCGAACAAGGAGGUCGCCAAGGCUGCCAGGAGGGUGCUUUGGGUGUUUGUGGAGCAGAAGGUGGUGGCUGGAGUUGAAACUUUGGUGUUCAGGCUGUCUGAACCUGUGCUGUUCCGCUCAUUGCAGGUUGCGAACUCUAAUGUUCGACAUAAUGCUUUACAUCUUCUAUUAGAUUUGUUUCCCCUCGAAGACCCAGAUGUGACAAAGGAUGUCAAUGAUCCUCUAUUAGAGAAGCAGUUCUUCUUGCUAGACAAACUUCUCACGGAUGACUGCCCAGAAAUACGAGCAGUUGCAGUUGAAGGGCUUUGCCGUAUUCUUAACCAGUUUUGGGAAGUUAUUCCGUCACCAACUAUUUCAAAGUUUUUGAGGAAAAUUGUUGACAAUACGUCCAAAGAUUCUUGCAAUGAUGUUCGUCUGUCAACAUUGAAUGGCCUGAUAUACUUGCUUGAUAAUCCACAAAGUCAUGACGUACUGAAAGUUUUACUUCCUAGAUUAAGUGACAUAGUCUCUGAUACUGCUUUAUCUGUCAGAGCUGCUGCUGUUGAUCUCCUUUUAGCUAUUCGUGAUCUUCGAUCCUUCCAAUACAACAAGGUUGUAGGUUUGGGUACUUUAUUAUCUUCACUUGCAGAUGAUCAUCCCCGUGUUGCUCGAAAAAUCACAAAGCUUCUUAUUCCUUCUUAUUUUCCAUCAAAGUUGUCUUUGAAAGAAGCAUGUGCUCGCUGCAUUGCACUCAUAAAGAGAUCACCGACAGCUGGGGCAAGGUUUUGUGAAUAUGCUCUUUCAGAAGGAUCAUCCCCAAGGUCUCUUGUUGAGCUUAUCAAAGUCUCUAUUACUCUGGCAUUGUCACCAUCAGGAUCAGGAAUGAACUCAGACCAGAUCGAUGGUCUUGUAAUUGCUUCGGCAAAACUAAUAAAAGGCUUAUCUGAAGAGGGAUCUAGUUUGGUUCCUUUGAGAGAGUUUGCAAAUGGCAAGUUGAAGUUGCUCUUGAAAACUGCAGUUUCUGAUGGUGCCCAGGCUGCUCUUCUCAGUAUCGUUCCAGUGCUAUCGCCUGAUGAUCUAUCUUUGUUGCAUGUUGAGUGCAUGGAUAUAGUUGUGAGUGCUGCUGUGACUUCCAAGCAAGAAGAACGUCAAGAAGCAUUGUUGGCAGCACAUAAGUUGAUACAUUUGAAUGGCUGUUCUGAUGAAAUGUUUGAAGCACUGAUUAAUAUUUUGCAAUCUAAAGCCUCUGGUUUUGCUGGGAUCUAUGGAAUCGAAUCUCCAUUGUGCCCUGUUGCAUCUUCAAAGAGGAAGAAAGGGAAGUCGCUUAAGAAGACACCAGCAAGGUCUGAUGGUGUGGAUGGAAAUGGAUCAUCCACGUCAGUAAUCUUGAAUGAUGAAGAACUUGCUGCUGUAGCAGGAACAUCAUGGCAGAUAAAUGAAAUACUGAAAGCUGAUGAAAUGAGAAAUGCCUUUCUACAAUCUUAUGCAGAAAUUGCAUUAUCGUCUCUGAAGGUCGUUUCUCAAGUGUACAUCGAACAGUGCCUACACAUAGACUCUUUAGACCUUACUCCUGUGUUGGCUUAUUUGAGUCUGGCUACACAUAGUGCUCUUCAGGAUAUUGAUCAAUCCGAUAUUGGCUGCUCUGAGUCCACAACUGUCAAUCAGUCGUUGGAUCAUCUGCUGAAAUGUUAUGACAAACUUCUAAAUGGAUCUGUUUCUGUUUCUGCCAACUCGUCGUCAACAUUGAACACGAAUAAGAAAUCUGCAAAGCAUAAACACCAGCAGCAGCACGUCCAUGAAGGAAAUGCAGUGAAAGGCACAAUAAACGUUAUCAUGCUUGGCACUUCAAUUCUUAAGUUUAUUGUCGACACAACAACCAUCAAGCUUGUUAACGAUAGUAAAGUAAGAUGUGUCAAAUUUGCAUCAUCUUACACAAAAUAUGCAGUGUCAGCCAUGGAAAGACAUCAUGAGAGCUCAUCAUUCAUGGGGGAUGAUCUGAAAGACAUACUGAUACUUAUACGAAGCUCCUUCUCAUACGCAGCCAAGCUGCUUCAUUUGGUGCUGGCAAACUCAACCGAGUCAUCAAGUCCCCCUGAAGAGGCUUUCCUCCUUGCCAAUAAUCUUCUUGAUCUUGUGCCUUCUGUUGAAUCCUUUGCAGGCUCGAGAUUUUCUCUCACUUUAGUCUCUGUUGUAAAGCAGUGGUUACCAGUCCUCAUAUUGGGUCUUGGAUGCUGUUGCUUGAUUGGACCACAGAAUGAGAUGACUAACAACCUGUGCAGCUUGCGUGACUUGGAUUUGCCACUAUGGGUUGCUGCUCUGGCAAAGAACGAGCUGCUUGAUGCUGAAGAAGCUAGGCAGGAUGAUCAGAGCGAGCAGGGCAGCGAGCAUGAGGACUCACAAUCAACCAGAAAGCUAGCAGAAAUGAUGGUGAUCCUGCUGAAGAAAGGAAGCUCGAGGAUCCUGGAUUCUGUGGGUGGCAUUUUGCUGUCCAUCCUCCAGUUGGCAUUGCAGAGAGCAGAGUAUGGCAUGGUCUUUGGCUUGACACGCUUUGUUUGUACCAGGUUGCUUGGAAGCAACUCGUUGGCCUCUGAGAAGCUGCCGCUCACUCGUGGUUCCCUCCGUGAGAAUUUUUAUGACAUCGACAGGCAUUCCAGGGACGACCUUGCUGAUGAUGAGGGUUCAAGGCAGCAGUUGGAGAGUGCAAAAGAAUUGAUAAGAUCAGUUAUCUCUGACCUCUGAUGUAUAUACUGAUGUUGUCCGUGGGAAGUUAGUCAUCCUGGGCCAUGGCCAGUGCGUCCUACGUUUGUGUAGAAUUUCUAUGUAGAUAUAUGGUCGUUUAUUUCUUGAUUCGAAAAGCAGCUCUUUUCAAUUUACUGCGGUUUGGAAAUGCAGCAUGGAAUGCGUUGUAGGCAAAGUAUUUUGUAAUACUCCCUCCGUCCAACAAAAGAUGUCUCAAGUUCGUCAAAAUUUGAAUGUAUUUAGAUGUGACUUGGUGUAUAGAUGCAUUCAAAUUUAGUCAAAAUUGAGACAUUCUUUGUUUAACCGACGAGUAGUACAUUGUGUACCUUGCAAC